CCUCGAAACUGACACUCUUAAAACUUUAUCAGUUCUCCAGUUUCGUUUUUCGCAUUUUGGGAGCUCUUUUUUUUGUGGGGUUUGGGCUUACUUCGUCACAUGGAUAGGGAUUCUUUUGAUUUUAAUAUGCUUUAUGUUUAAAGGUUUGAAUCUUUUUUAUUUCUUUUGUUGGUGGAUUUUGGAAAAUUCGUGGUAUCAGAAACUUUCUGGUGGGGGAAAAUUUGGGGGUUUGUUGUAAUAGUGGGUGGGUGAGCUUUUUGGUUUGAAUUCACGGGAGUAAUGGUUUUUCACGAGAAAGUGUGUUGAAGGCAAGAGGGUAAAGCUUAAAUUUCUCAACUGCUUUUGAGAGAUUGCAAAUUUUUUGUUCAUCCUCUAAGUUUUUCGAUUAGAUUGCUGUUCUUCAGCAUUUGGGAGAUUGUUCAAACUUCUUCUUCUAGAGAAGGGAAGGGAAGAAAACAGAGAAAGAGAGAGAGAGAGAGAGAGAUUUCUAUUUGUUUUUCCUUUAUUAAUUUCCUCGUUGUGUUUUUUAAAUGGAUCAUUCUGGGGAAGCCAGUAACCAGAAACCAGCAGUUGAAGUUGCCAAAGACAAAAAUGGUGUGGAACAAGUGCUGCUUCGGACUUCUCGAGGGGCUUCAGCAAGGGUUAGCUUGCAUGGAGGCCAAGUUCUGUCUUGGAAAACUGAAAAAGGUGAAGAAUUAUUAUUUACGAGUACUAAGGCAAUUUUUAAGCCACCAAAAGCUGUGAGAGGAGGAAUUCCAAUUUGUUUUCCGCAGUUUGGGGCUCGUGGAAACCUUGAGGAGCACGGGUUUGCUCGUAACAAGAUUUGGAAAAUCGAUGAUAAUCCUCCUCCUCUUAAUCGGGGUGAAAUCAAGGACAAAUCCUGCAUUGAUUUGCUUCUUAAACCUUCUGAAGAUGAUCUGAAAAUAUGGCCACAUAGUUUUGAAUUCAGACUGAAGAUCUGUUUGGCAGCUGAUGGGAAUCUCACAUUAAUAUCACGAAUUCGGAAUAUCAAUUGCAAGCCUUUCAGUUUCUCAAUUGCAUUCCACACAUAUUUCUCCAUUUCUGAUAUCAGUGAGGUGAGAGUUGAGGGGCUUGAGGUUCUUGACUAUCUCGACAACUUACACGACAAACAACGUUUCACUGAGCAAGGAGAUGCCUUAACAUUUGAAUCCGAGAUUGAUCGAGUUUAUCUUAGUUCUUCAGAUCUCAUCGCGGUGCUUGAUCAUGAACGAAAGCGCACAUUUGUUGUGAGAAGGGAAGGACUUCCAGAUGUUGUGGUGUGGAAUCCAUGGGAGAAGAAAGCGAAAUCGAUUGUCGAUCUCGGGGAUGAAGAUUACAAACAGAUGCUUUGUGUUGAUGGAGCUGCAAUUGAGAAACCUAUUACCUUGAAGCCAGGUGAGGAAUGGACUGGCCGUUUAGAACUAUCCGUCAUCCCCUCGAGUUAACGACAUGUAUGUCCAUAAAGAAGAACGAUCGAACACAUUCAGGAUUCAGAUAAAGCCCUUGAAGUUUAUAAGUGGGGUAUAUGGUAAGUAAUUUUGUGUUUUGUUCUAACCAAAUAGUUGUUGAUAGUAAAUAACUGAAGGUUCAUGCUAGUUUGAUUUGUUGUUGAUAAUAGAUUCUCCUUUCAUGGAAGUGGAGAUGUUCUUUUAUUUGCCUCCCUUCAGCUAUAUUUCUUCAUUGUAUAUCAAUUGUAUGAAAGUUCUCAUAUCAAAUAUCAACUUUUUACUGUUAAAUUUU